UUCUUGAACGGCAAGCGGGUGACCUGAGGCUUUUGGUUUUACGGCGUUACGUGGCAGCGGCGAAAUCCGGUUUUGCAUGGGUGUAUACCAGGAGACCGGCAAGCCACCUCCUCCUAAUGUCACCCCGAAGAUGGCCAGGGAUAGUGCCGGGUCGGACUACUCAGGCCACAUGAGUGACACCACCACGUGCAGCUGCGUUGCGAGCUCCAUCGACAAGUGCUCGUUGCGCGGCUGCGGCAUGUUCCAAGAGCCGUUCUUCCUGCACCCGCCGGGCUCUCGGCCGCGGGACGGUAUCUACAUAAAUCCCAUGAGUGCGUACAUCGGCGAACCGCCCAAACCCAAGGACGCGGCCGAGUCUUUCUACCUGCACAGCCCGCACGAUCUCGUCUACACCAGGAUCACGCGGCUGUUCGGCGACGCCGAGAAGUCGCGGAACGGCGUCGUGGCGGACCAGCGCCAUGUGCCGGAGAGGAAAGAUGAGACUCUGACUGUGAAAGUGGACGUGCACAUCAACAACGGCGGAUUCGUCGGCCGAUCGCAUCCCGGCAACGGACAUGCGGCGCGCUCCGAGAUCGCGAGGGAGCCCUCGGAUCAUGCUUACGAGCAGAUCUGCGUGAGGCAGGAGGAAACGAGCAGCGUGAGCUCGUCAUCGCGCAAAAAGCCAGCGGACAAUACCUCCGACAGCAGUCGUUCUCGAAAAACCGACAGGCGAUACAGUCGAUCCAGCAGCGCCAGCGAGUCCUCGAACAUGAGCAGCGAGGUCCACGGCCUGUCGUCGACGACGUCUACUCCGUCCUUAUCGCGACACAGCAGCAGCGAACGGAUCGGCAAGCCGGGGACCAAGACGAACUCGGAAGUACUGCACGAGAGGAAGGACUCGUCCAGCGCACAGGUGGAAAGUGAAAAGGAGAUCCGUACAAAUGGCAACGGCGGACCUAGUCUCUCGAAACCACCGCCACCGCCACCACCGCCACCGCCGGACGAUGACGUGGUGGUUCUCCUGGUGAACCCGAAGCCGAAUGCGGACGCAGGUGCCGACAAGAAAGAUGCACGAGGAAGCGGCCAGGACGGAAGGACCGAGUCCUUCGCGACCAACAAGUCCGACGCAUCAUCCUCCGGCGAGCAUCCGCAACAGCCGGAAGUGCCGGCUCCCGCCAGUGCACCGGUGGACGCGGACGAAAUUAAAGCGAGCCAGGCGUCCCACCUGGUAAACAGGCACAUGGUGCUGCCGUUCAUACCGCCAAAGUUCGCCAAUGCGGACUCCAAUACUCUACUCAAGCCGUCCGAAUACCUGAAGAGUAUCUGCAAGGUGUCGUCUAAAAACAGCCUGUCGAAGGCGAGGUCAGUGGACAACUUGGACAUCCAGAGCCGGAAUACGGAGCAGGGUGAAGAGGAGGAGGCGGACGAGGAGGAGGGGGCGCGAAGGAGCAACGAGGAGGCCAAGGGAUCUUCCACGGGCCCCCCGCCACCACCCCUGUCACCCCUGCAACAGCGAGGGGCACGGGGGGGGAAUCAGACCGCGAAUGCCGGCACCGGCACCGGCACCGAGACCGAGAGCUCCAAGAGCAACUCCCCGCAGCAACCCUUAGCCACAAUCAGCAUCCAGGACCUCACGAGUAUCCAGCUACGACGGACCGGCGCGAAGAUGAACGCCACCAAGACGUUCUCCGCUCCGCCACCUCGCAGCGUGUCCAUGACUAACGUGUCGGAGCCGUUCUUCGUGCAAAAGACGGAUCUGAUCGCCGAACUGAAGCGCACCAAGGAUAUACCCGGCAUCAAGAAGCUGAAGGUGGAGAGGGCGCAGGUCGAGAAGACUCAGGAGCAGAACCUCAUGUCGGAAAUCAGCAAAGCGUUCAACGUUACGAACUUCGUUGACCAAAUCCCCGAGAAGGACAGCUCGGGAAACGUAAUACCAAUCUGGAAGCGGCAAAUGUUAGCUCGUAAAGCCGCCGAACGAGCGAAGAAGGAGCUCGAGGAGCAGAUAGCGCGAGAGAACGAGGAGAGGCGGCAGAAAGCGAUUCCGCCGUGGAAACGGCAGCUUCUCGCCAAGAAAGACAACGAGGAAAAGAGACUGAAUCAGACGCAGGUGUCGACCUCGAUUAGCACAUCGACGACGAAAUUCGAAGCAACGUCGGCAAAUCCGAAGAGGGACGCUUUGCCAGCGGCGGUGGCAGCGGUGUCGUGCGUCAUCAAGAAGGAAGAAAAACCCGAAGUGGACGAGAAGAGGGACGAUCCUGCCAAGGAUGACUCCGACGAUGGUCAAAUUAUACCCUGGCGGGCGCAAUUGAGGAAGACCAACAGCAAGCUCAAUAUCCUCGAUUAACUAUUGCGAGCGCUUUAUCCGUUUGUAAGAGAUGUGCGCGUGGUGUAAGUAUCGCGUUUUGUCGUUUAAACGCGUGGAUCCAUGUACCAUGAAAACUUUCCGAACUCGGAACGGUACUUGCGCAACACCGAAAGAAUGAAUGCGAGAGAGAGAUAUCCUGUUAGUUGAGAUGAUAAGUGAAUGUAUAAGAUAGUUGAUGGAAUUACACAACGCGCGAAGUCUAAACAUAUAUCGUGCUAUAUUGCGAUAUGCGGUUAUCAUGGGCAGUUAUUCUAAAAAGAAAUUAGAAAAGUACUUUUCGCUUCGUCGCAGAAUGUCCUUGCAUAUCUUCUUGCUCGUAAUUAACAUUGUCGAAUCAAAUCUCGUUUCUUAUUCUUACAAAAACUCUCUUAAAGCGGAAUUUAAUAGAUGUUUCAAGUAAAAACUUAGAAGAACGAGAAAUUAUCUGUUUUUUUCCCUUCAAUCAAGAAAGAGAAAAAAAUCUUUAAAAGUAUGCUAAUUAAAGUAUUGUUCACAAAAAUAUGAUAAUUGUUUCGUGAAAUGCCCCGGAGAAGGACAACUACGUCGCAACUAAAAAGUUUUAUCUUAUAUCUUGAAUACAUAAUACUUUGCGAAUAUAUGUAAAUACGAAUAAUUAUGAUUCGUUUGCAUUGCAAAGCUCGAGAUAACAAAUAAUCACCUUGUCAGAAUGUAACUUUAUCACUACAAAGUUAAAAAAAGUAGAAUUCUGUUUUGCACUUUAAUUUUCGGGAACAAUAUUCGAUUAUUUCAACUAACUUCAAUGGAAAGUUGCCUUCAUUUCUUCAGUUCUUCGUUUACUUCCGUUUACUUUGCUUUGGUUACUUCAACAGACAUUUCAUUCAGCGUUCAAUCGCGCAAAGUGACCGAAGAGACAGUUGGUGAUUCUAGACCUAAUUAAUCCUGUCAGAGAGAACGUCAGCGGCGCGGUGAAUAUGCUUGGUAACUACCAAUUACAGUCAUUAGAACGCUGAAGCGACAGAUCAGCGAAUUAAUACUGACGUUGAUUAAUCACUACAACGUCACGAUAACGCCUGGCACGUUACAACAUAUCGCUCGAACAACAGUUAUCUUCCGUCACUUCGUAAAGAUUUAUCUCUUCGCGAAAUAACGGAGCAAGGAACGAAUGCGAGAUAUUUUGAGCGUGUGGAAUUAUACUAACCCCUUAACUGCGAUAUCACUGAACACGAAUCCACGAUAUAUUACCUAAGGAAAACUUUAUGUAUAUAACAAUUAUAUGUAUUUCUAUAUAAUAUUUGUAUAAUUAAUAACGUCUUGAGAUUGUGUAUAUUAUGACCACCUCAUUAUUUUCUCACAUUAUCGCUCCAAUUAAACACAAGUUUACGAAAUUUGAAAUAGCAAAAAGAUAUAACUUCGUUAAAUGUAUAGCAAUAAAAAAGUUUAUAGUUCAUAUAAAAGUUAGAUAGGAGAAGAAGAAAAGCGUUUGAGGACGGAAAAAAAUAUUAUUUUAAAAAUCUAGGGAUUGAGGGAGAUUGAUGCACCAUGUAACAUACUUAAAGAUUAAUCUUCCAAUUUCAAAAACCUUUUAGACCUUUCUGUGAAGAAAAGCGUUUCUUCUUUUUGGUCCGCACACCUGGUUCCUCGCAUACCAUCCACCUCUAGACACGGCGAAUACUAGACACGGGGGUAGGAAAAAUCGUCGGUCCGAUUUGAUAGGGCGCAUUCAUCUUUUCUUCGACGCGGCGAACAAAGCACGUCAUUGUACACAACUGCGGACGCUCGUGACGUGCGUGGUCGUGCCCCCCUUCAUCUCUUUCUUUCCCUCUGCCUCUACCACCUCGUCGCUUCAUCGCACGCAGUAACUUCGUUACGACACCGAGGAACGUUACGACGGAACAGAGCGAAACGCGAAGCGGGAGAACGACGCAGCCCGCGGAAGACGUCGGUGUCGCAACGCUGACGCUAUUGACGGGCCUCCUCUACAUCGUCUUCGUCUUCUUCCGAGUAGCCAGCGCCGCGAUUUGCAGCUGAGAUUUUUGGCAGCAUUUAGAGCAGAGGCACAGUUAAAGCGCGGCGACCGAACGAGUUGCCACGCUAGAGCAAGCAUUCGUAUGAAAAGCGAGCUUUUCCAAGAGUUAAUCCUCUAAGAGGGGUAUAAAGGCUCUUCCUUGUGUCAAUUAACGUUCGAGUGACAUGAUGGUUUACACGUGAAGAAUCGUAUUUAAUUGGA